ACCCGGUUGGAGGGGUCCUCUCUCGCGGCCUUCUACCUCCGCGGGUUUCUGGACGGGAUCCGUUUUGUUCUCAGUGGAUGGAAGUUCUUCCUUUCAGGGCUGAAGAAUGAGAGAGAUAUCUCCCGGGGCCAAUUCAGCACCUCUACCUGGCCAUCCUAACAAGGUGAUUUGUGAAAGGAGUGAAGAUAGUCCAAGUCCUAAGAGACAGCGCCUCUCUCAUUCAGUCUUUGAUUACACGUCAGCAUCACCAGCUCCCUCACCACCAAUGCGACCAUGGGAGAUGACAUCAAACAGGCAGCCCCCUUCAGUUCGACCAAAUCAACAUCACUUCUCAGGGGAACGGUGUAACACACCGGCACGCAACAGAAGGAGUCCUCCUGUUAGGCGUCAGCGAGGAAGAAGGGAACGUCUGUCUCGACACAAUUCCAUUAGUCAAGAUGAAAACUAUCACCAUCUCCCUUAUGCACAGCAGCAAGCAAUAGAGGAACCUCGAGCUUUCCACCCUCCGAAUGUAUCUCCCCGUCUGUUACAUCCAGCUGCUCAUCCACCCCAGCAGAAUGCAGUCAUGGUUGACAUACAUGAUCAGCUCCAUCAAGGAACAGUUCCUGUUUCCUACACGGUGACCACAGUGGCGCCCCAUGGGAUUCCACUCUGCACCGGCCAGCACAUCCCUGCCUGCAGUGCACAGCAGGUCCCAGGGUGCUCUGUUGUUUUCAGUGGACAACACCUCCCUGUCUGUAGUGUGCCUCCUCCAAUGCUUCAGGCAUGUUCAGUCCAGCACUUACCAGUACCAUAUGCUGCGUUCCCACCCCUCAUUUCUAGUGAUCCGUUUCUUAUACAUCCUCCUCAUCUUUCUCCCCAUCAUCCGCCUCACUUGCCACCACCAGGCCAAUUUGUCCCUUUCCAAACACAGCAGUCACGAUCGCCUCUGCAGAGGAUAGAAAAUGAAGUGGAGCUCUUAGGAGAACAUCUUCAAGUAGGCAGUUUUACUUAUCCCCCUUCGGCCCAUCCCCCAACAUUACCUCCGUCAGCUCCUUUGCAGUUCCUGACACAUGACCCUUUGCAUCAGGAGAUGUCCUUUGGAGUACCUUAUCCACCAUUUAUGCCUCGGAGACUCACAGGACGGAGUAGAUACCGAUCCCAGCAGCCGAUACCCCCUCCUCCUUACCAUCCCAGCUUACUACCAUACGUGUUAUCAAUGCUUCCAGUACCUCCUGCAGUGGGCCCAACUUUCAGCUUUGAGUUGGAUGUUGAAGAUGGAGAAGUUGAAAAUUAUGAGGCCCUGUUAAACCUGGCAGAGAGACUGGGAGAGGCGAAACCUCGGGGACUGACUAAAGCUGAUAUUGAGCAGCUUCCUUCUUACAGGUUCAACCCUAGCAACCACCAGUCAGAGCAGACUUUGUGUGUAGUGUGCAUGUGUGAUUUUGAGUCAAGGCAGCUCCUUAGAGUCUUACCCUGUAACCACGAGUUCCAUGCCAAGUGUGUUGAUAAAUGGCUUAAGGGAAAUCGUACUUGCCCAAUUUGCCGAGCUGAUGCUUCAGAAGUGCAUCGGGAUUCAGAGUGACCAGCCUAAGAGCACAAAUGUAGUUUGGGUGUUCCUCAUCACAUGUAUAUAUGGACUAUCCAUUGAACUUAACCUGUGUGGCUUCCAGCCCUCCCUUUACCAAAAGGGUCAAUGGACCUUUCUUUGCACUGUGUGACUUAAUCAACUAUAAAAGCUUACAAUUAGUCUUCACAAUUAUGGGAUUGUUAUACUAACUGUGUGAUUGGAACUCCAAAGACCUUUUCUUUAGCUUAAUUUUGUGUGUGCACUAACAUUCCCUGGUUUUUGUGUGAUCAUUCCGAGUGUUGCUGCAAGAUUACAGUGGACGUGAUCUUUUAGCAUGUGCUUUUAUAAAAAGUGGUAGCUCCAGAUGAUAUAGCAAUCUACCUUAUAUAGAGCCUUCAGAAACUGUGAGUGGAAGUGAGUGCAGCGUAUGACUGCUGGUGAUCAGUGAAUCUGUGAGAGAGUGUGCAACUACAUGUGUGGGAGCAUGGUAGCUACUGUGUGUGUGAGAUCUAUAUACCAGCAUGUACCCAGAAUGUGUGUGUAGUUUUAAUUAUGCUGCAAUGUAUAAUCUGGUGUGUUAUUUAAACAGCACUAGUACUGUACACUGGUUUCCCUUGUGUUUGCUGUUGCACACUGAUUGCUAAGGGUGCAUCGAUUCUAAGCAUUGAAUACUCCAUCCCCUUCCCUCCCAAUGAGUGGAAUGAGAAAAGCCUUCUUCCUUUGCUUCAGGCAGCUGUCCCCUUCUCUUCCUUCGUGAUCCUAAGUGGGUCACUUAAGAAAAAAGUAUCAGAUUCUCCAUGACCUGAUUUUUUUUUUUUAAUUUUCAGUUCUAUUGUAAAAGAAACUUAGUCUCCAACUUGCUAUUUCCAAAAAGAAGGUGCAAUAUCAUAUAUAUCAUCAUUAGCAAUAUUAGCAUUUCAAUCAGUGAUCUGAGUGUUACUUGCUUUUUCUUUACAUUUCCAGUAGCUUCCUUACAGAAAGGACCUGGGUUUUUAUUAAUGUGUAGAUUUAUGGUCUGUUCUGAAGAUGUUUGAGUGAUAGAUUUUUAAGAACACACUGGUCCUGGAAGUCUUGCCUCCUUGACUUCUUCUAGAGCAAAACCUGUUAGCGACUCAGCCUGGUUCUGGUUUGUGUUCUUCACUCAGGCCUCCAUGGGCAACAACGGUUUCAAGAGAACUGUUUGUUUCUGUGUUUGAGUUCUGUGGUGUUGAGUUCACACACUCCAAGCCUGAGGUUGUCUGCUUCUUCCCUCAGUAAAGAUUCUCACUGAAGCCUUUUGUUUCAGAAUGGGUCAAGUGCUGUGACAGCUCAUUUCUCAGGCCUGGUUUGCUUUGAUGUCUUACUCUUAAUUUAUGUUAGAAUGAGAAAAGCUUAAUACAACAGGUGCCCAGAAUACUUGCAGUGUAAGUGAAGAUUGGAUUUUUGUAUAAAAAAAAAAUAAUGCUGUCAAACGGGAAUUGACCUUUAUUUAAUCUGAAAUGAUACAUAGCUGUGUGUGUGUAUAUUUUUUAAAAAUAGGUUCAUUGAACAUAAAUCAGAUUGUUUGAGGUCAUUUUUCAGCAACAUUGGAUUCCUUUCUCCUCAGUGUGCUCAGCCUUCUCUGCCUCUGUGAGUGUCAGCAUGUGUGCAGCCACACAGGCUGCAGCCUUCCACUCGCAGCCGUGACACCUGCCUGCCAACCUCACUCAACUCACAGUUGGCACCAGGCCUGAGGCCUGUUUUUUUACUCAGACAGGGACAGUGUUCAACUACUUGUUACUGCCGUGUUCCUUAUCAUCCCUUGAAGUUUCUCUAAGCUCAUCACAGCCUAGAGUUCAGGAAAGUUAAUCCACACAGAAGCACAAUUUUGUCCUCUUCCAGACACCGUUGCCUCUAUCUAGUUAGACAAAUAGGAUUUGACCUACAUUCUAUUGCCCCUAGAUUUGUGUUAGUGUCGGAAAUAUGUAAACAGUGGUAAAAUGCACGUUACUUUUAAAUCAUUAGGAUAACCCCUGUCCGCUUCCUAAUGAAUAAAAGGUGUGUUAAAUACCAAAAUUAUUGACAUAUAUACUAAUCAGCUCCAAAUCACAUACAGUUUAAUCUUUAUUUUUUAAUUUAAAGAAAUCAUGUUUAAAAUGGUAAAAAGUCCAUCUUAUAUAUAGACUUUUAUAUAGCUUCAGAAACUUUGUACCUGUACAGCAGCUCUAACAUGACACUGUUCCACUCAGCAUCCAUCCUGUUGAUGCACUUUCCUAACUACUGCAGACAGACUGACUCCCAAGGCUCAUUGUGCUCACGGCUGGAAAGGAGCUUUUCUUCUAUCUGUGUUUGCCAUGAAGCCCCUUUCCCAGUAGAUAGAUAGAUAGAUAGAUAGAUAGAUAGAUAGAUAGAUAGAUCUCUCUCUCUCUCUCUCUCUCUCUCUCUCUCUUUCAGAAGCAGUUGGCAAUUUAGGAGGCUUCUGGGUCUGUCUUGGUAAAAUCCUGUUGUGCAGAUGACUGCUGUCUCCUGGAAAUGUCUUAGCACAGAGCUCUUGAGGCAGUGCAGACCUGUUCAUGGCAGGGUUAGGCUGUCUUAGGUGCACACUUGCCUGUGAUCUCCAGCUAGCCUGGUGAGUGUCUUUGUAGCUAGCAAAUGAGGACGGAGAUGCACCGGGUGGCAGAGGAUGCGGGUAGCCUUCGUCCUCUGCCUCUAGAACAUGAUCGGCAUCACCAUCCUAACCCAGCUGUGGUGUUUUUGUAUGAUUUGGAUUUGGGGUUUCGUUUUCUUUUGGUUUGUUUUAGUUUGGUUUUGAUUUUGGUUUGGUUUGGGGUUGUUGUUGUUGUUGGUUUUUUAGUUUGUUUUUUUUUUUUUUCAUGAAUCACGAUAUUUUGUACUUUUAAAAACUCCAACCUCCACAAAACAACUCAAGGCCUGCAAGUAUCAAGAUGUCCUGAAUUUUUUUUUUUUUUUAGCAGAAUCUGAAAUUAGAUUUUAUACACGACCUGAAAUGUAAUUUGCUAACAUUCUUAUAUUUGGGCCUCUUGUGAUAAGUUCAUAUACAGUCUGCCUGCCUGCUUCUGAGAAUAUUUUCACAGUAUCUCCAGGCCUUCCUUAAGUCUGUCCCCCACUGUGCAUCUGCUUACCUCAUGUUGCUGUUUGUUUCAGAUUAUGAAAGCUCACGGGGGUGCUUGUUGGAAUCGUUUGCUGAGUCAUUUCCUCAAAUCAUAUUCCAUUGUGUCAGUUAACAUAUGUAUGUAUUAUAAAUAUCUGUAACCAAAAUCAUUUGAAGGCUUGAUAAAUUUUUAACAAAGUUUGUACAUUUUUUAUGAGAGUUACUAGUAAUGCUUUACUAAGUAGUGCAAUGAAUUUUUAUUUUUAAUCCCUGUGCCCAAUUUUGGAGUUGAGAGGGUUGUUGGUAAUAAAUGUAUGAUGUACACUUAAAA